CAGGGGGGCAAAAGCCAAAAAGAAAGAAGAAACUCAAAACACUAGUAAAACCCUAGCCCACCGGAGGGAGCGCCAAGACCGUGAGGUCGGCUAGUCGGAGAGUGAGGUGCCCAGCUCGGCCGCCGCGCCGCCAAAGAUGUUCUCGCCGGCGAUCAGGAAGCCCCACCUUCUCCACCGCAGGGACAGGGAGGAGGCGUCCCCUUCACCUCCUCCUCCAGGUCCCGCCCACACCCCGUCGCCUCGUGGAUUCGCCGCCCCCGACCGGCCCGCCACUGGCACUCCGGCCCCAUGGACCUCCUCUUCCCUCCUCGCCAGGAUUUCGACAUCGAAGCAAACUGACAGGGCUGGUGAUUCGGACCAGAUCCAACCGGUGCACGUAGCAGAGUUUCCCCAAGUCGUUCGGAAUGCCCAAGCCAGCCUUCUACAGCAGAAAUUUUCCAGAAAAAACAUGCUUUCUGGUGGCAUUGAUAAAGACACAUCCCUUGCGUGGAUGAUAUGUGGGAAUGAGCUUUUUAUCUGGAGCUACUUGGCUUCUGUUGCAAAAGACUGUCUUGUACUUGAGGUUCCAUAUUCUCUUACUAGAAACAAAGAUGCGAAACCCCUCUCCGGUAUUCAAUGGACAGUUUGCAUAAUGAGAUGGCAUAGUAGUGGUGCAUCAACAAGGAAUGGUGGAGAGAUAUUGCAUCAGAGAAGUUCGACUGGCAUUAUCCUCUGCAACAAAAGAACACAAGCUGUUGCCUAUUGGCCUGAUAUCUAUGCUGAAAGUAAUAGGAGUCCAGUUCUUAGUUCGUUUGGUUAUGAUGAGGCAUCUGCAAGUGAUGGUGCAUCUAAUUGUUCCAGUUUCAACUCGAUUAUUGCAGCUGCAGUUCCGGGAGGUAUUCAUGAAUGUAUUGCUAUAGCUUCUGAACCUGCAGGUGCUUUAUGGUUGUUCCAGUGUUCACCAGCAGGAGUGCAUCGAAGUAAAGUUCAUAGGGAUACAUUAGGUGAUAGUGGUGCCGAGCAUUCUCAGAAAAGUAAUGGUGGAAGGUCCUUGGUUUGGCUCCCUAGUAAUGUACCAUCCGAGGCUGCUGACCGGAAGUUCUUUUUGUUGACUAACCAUGAGAUACAAUGUUGGAGUAUUUCCCUCCUGCAUGGCAUCAAUGUAAAAAAAUUAGGGUCUCAGGAAAUCGUUGGUACUGAUGGGGAUGUGAGUAUAAAGAAAGAUAUAGCUGGGCAGAAGAACAUAUGGCUUUUGGACAUGCAUAUAGAUGAGCAUGGGAAGGAAUUUAGCAUUCUUGUUGCUACGUUAUGCAAAGAUCGGGUGAGUGGGUCAAACUACACUCAGUAUUCUCUUCUGACGAUGCUGUACAGACUUAACCAGAAGUUUUCAUCUGAAGAUAAUGUGGUUAAAAGUGAAAGGUUUUUGGAGAAAAAAGCUCCUUCUCAGGUGAUUAUCCCUAAGGCUAGAGUAGAGUAUGAAGAGUUCUUGUUCUCCAUGAAGCUAAAAACUGGUGGUAAGCCUUCUGGUUCUGUGAUCAUCCUGUCAGGUGAUGGUACAGCAACAGUGGCCAUAUAUUGGAGAGGUUCCACUCGACUUUAUCAAUUUGAUCUGCCUUGGGAUGCUGGAAAAGUUCUCGAUGCUUCCAUUAUCCCAUCUGCUGAAGACAGAGAUGAAGGUGCUUGGGUUGUUCUAACAGAAAAGGCAGGAUUCUGGGCAAUACCAGAAAAGGCUGUAUUAGUUGGUGGGGUUGAACCACCAGAGCGCAGCUUAUCACGAAAAGGUAGUUGUAAUGAGGUGGUUGCUGAAGAGAAAAGAAGAACUCAGGUAUUGAGUGCCAGUGUUGUUCCCAGAAGAGCUAGCUCUGAGGCUUGGAGUGCUGGAGAGAGGCAAAGGCCUACAUUAACUGGCAUAGCUCAGCAGGCUGUGGUUGAUGAAGAGUCUGAAAUGCUACUGAACCGGUUAUUUCAUGAUUUUAUUUUGUCUGGUGCAGUUAAUGAGGCACUUCAGAAGCUUAGAGCAGCAGGAGCAUUUGAGAAAGAGGAUGAAAUGAACAUAUUUGUUCGAAUGAGCAAGUCCAUUGUAAACACAUUAGCCAAGCACUGGACAACAACUAGAGAAGCUGAAUUUCUUGCCUCGACAAUUGUUUCAUCCCUUGUUGAGAAGCAGCAAAAACAUGAGAGAUUCCUUCAGUUUCUUGUAUUUUCGAAGUGCCAUGAAGAACUCGCUUCAAAGCAAAGAGCUGCAAUGCUAACUAUCAUGGAGCAUGGAGAAAAGCUCUCUGGAAUGAUACAGCUUAGGGAAUUACAAAACACUCUUAGCCAGCAACGCUCAAGCACACAUUUGUCUCAGUCAAAAACUCAAACCACUGGUGCCCUUUGGAACCUCAUUCAGUUGGUUGGUGAGAAAGCUCGAAGAAACACUGUUCUCUUAAUGGAUCGUGAUAAUGCUGAAGUGUUCUACAGUAGAGUUUCUGAUAUAGAUGAUCUAUUUUAUUGUUUAUCUCAUCAGCUUCAAUACAUUAUAAAUAGAGAAGAACACCCUUCUGUUCAGAUGCAACGUGCACUUGAGUUAUCAAAUGCUUGUAACACCUUAGUUCAGGCAGCAUUGUAUUACAGGAAGGAGCACAAGGAAUGGUAUCCUUCUCCUGAAGGACUGAUAACCUGGAGCAGCCACCCUGUCGUACGGUCUGGAAUCUGGAGUACAGCAUCCCUAAUUAUGGAUCUUUUGAGAGAAUCAGGAGCUGCAGACAUGUCAAUGAAGUCCAAUCUAUGGUCUCAGUUGGAAGGACUCACAGACAUUCUAUUGGAGGCAUAUAUAUGUCUUUUAACUGCAAAAUUUGAACGUGGGGAGGAACAUGGUGUACUAGUCCACGAAUAUUGUGAACGAAGAGAUGAACUUCUUGGAUCCCUCUACAAUCUUGCAAAACAAAUAGUAGAGGCCAAGUAUCAGGAGUCAAGAGAAGGCACUGACAAUCUGGAUCUGAAAGAAUCUAUAUUUAGAGAAGUUACUUCUCCUAUUUUGGCAACAGCUAAACGGCAUGAAGGGUACCAAACGUUGUGGCAGAUUUGCUAUGAUCUCAGUGAUACAGGUCUCCUCCGUAGUCUUAUGCAUGAUAGUGUAGGACCUCAUGGGGGAUUCAGUUUCUUCGUUUUUAAAGAACUAGUCAACAACCGCAACUACGCUAAGCUGUUAAGGCUGGGUGAAGAAUUCCAGGAAGAGCUAGCUAGUUUUCUGAAAGAGCGAAGUGAUCUUCUGUGGCUUCAUCAGAUAUGCUUAAACCAGUUCUCGUCUGCUUCAGAUACCCUUCAUACCUGUUCUCUGCUUGGGGGUCCUGAGGAAGAUGCUAGCCUCACAACCGGCAGAAAGCUGCUAUCCUUUGUUGAAAGAAGACGUCUUCUCUAUCUCUCUAAAAUUGCUGCAACAGCAGGUAAGGAUAUUGGUUAUGAAGUGAAGGUUGCACGGAUAGAAGCAGACAUGCGGAUUCUAAAACUGCAGGAAGAGAUAGUUCAGCAUGAUCCAGAAUAUGCACAAGGCAAAUAUAUAAACAAGCUACUUCCUCCACCGGAACUGAUUGAGAUGUGCCUGAAGAGAGACCGAGAGCUUUCUCUUAAAGCUUUUGAAGUUUUUGCUUCGACAGGUUCCUCGUUCCGAAGUUCCAAUAGAGGCCUUCUUGAGGCUUGCUGGGUGAAUGCAGCCAACCAGGAUGACUGGGUCAAGCUUUCGCAGGCAUCCAUGUCAGAAGGUUGGAGCGACGAAGUCAUCCAAGAAUCUCUUCAAGGAACCGUCCUCUUCAACGCAUCCAGGCUGUGUUAUAGCCCAGAUGCAGUGGUGUAUGACGGUACUUUUGAGGAUGUGCUGCCUGUGAAGAAAGAGGAUGUACAUCUGAGAGGUUUGGAGGCCAAAUGCUUCUCAGUGGAAGAAGUACUGAUGCAGCACAAGGAUUUUCCAGAUGCCGGUAAAUUGAUGAUGACCGCAGUGAUAAUGGGCAAGGAGCUAUCUUAUGCAGCUGCAGAACCCGUGGAUAUGGGUUCAUAAAUCAUACUCUCAGAUAUGGGCGAUAGACUAGCAAAAUCGGAGUCGGAUCCUUUGUGAUGGCCAUCUGGUAGUUGUAAUUGCAAAAUCCUUGUCUUGGUGGCACUAAAUAUGUAGUUUCAGUUGUAUCUAUUCUGCGCGAAUGCAGAAACAUUCUUCAUAGAGACUGCAAGAUUAUACCUCUUGCGUUUUCUAGCGUGAGCUGUGGCUUGUAAACAGGCAGCCUUUUCAUUUUUCGAGUUUUCUGAGAGGAAAAUAUCGUGUUGCUUAGAACCUUCUUAUAGAUGCCAGCAUGAAAGUUUUGGUGAAAUAA